AUGUCGUAUUCAGCGGUCGAAACCAUCAUUCCAUUUGCAAUUCAUGGUACUGGUAAUGCAAUGGUCGUAUUCUUGAGUGAUGGACCAUUUCUUGACGAUCUAUAUUUGGGCAAAAUCGCAAUUUCCUUUCGCUCCUGUUUUAUAUCAUUAAGUUAUGGAAUUCUCUCAAUUCAUUUUCUCUACCGAUAUUUGGCAUUGUUCCAGUUAGACUUCUUCAAAUUCUAUCAUAAAAUAAAACCAAUGUUACGCGACACGUUCGCCGUUCGCAAAUUCUUCUAUAAUGUUAUGAUGGAAUAUUAUAAUUGUGAUUCGUUUAUUACGCCUCUAUUUGCGGUUACUUAUAAGGGUUUCGACACGACUUUUAUUAUUCGUAGUUGGAUUUGUAUAUUUAUUGCAACAUUCAUAUCAUUGUCUUUUUUAAUUAUGUACGUAGUAAUUGGAAUAAGAAUAAUGAAGAAUUUGAAAAUUAAUAUGAAAAUCAGCAAAAAUAAUAAGAAGGUGCACAGACAGCUGCUGAAAGUGUUGAUUGUGCAGACAUCGAUUCCAAUUUGCAUCAGUUUCCUUCCUUGCGUUUGUGCUUGGUAUCUGCCCAUAUGUUGGAAGACUAAACAAUUAUUUUGCGGUGAUCGCCUUAUCUGCAUUCCCUUGUUUGGAUCCAUUGGUUAUUAUCAGUAUGAUUCCAUAUUAUUCUACACCACUUAUCCAGAUGUUCCGGAUCAAACGAAGUCAAAUAUUAAAUAUUACAACAUCAACGUCGUCAAGAAAUUGAAACAAUUUGAUUGCGUGUUCGUCGAAUAA